UGAGAUUAUCUGACAGGAGGUCUGGCACUUUUUUCCCUCAGUUGGUGUUCUACCUCGAAGCUUGUGAGUCAGGGUCCAUGUUUUACAAGAAGCUCAAGAACAACAUAGACAUCUAUGCAACUACUGCUGCCAAUCCUGAUGAAUCUUCCUAUGCUUGCUACUACGAUAAGAAAAGGCAAACGUACCUUGGGGAUGUGUACUCUGUGAAGUGGAUGGAAAACUCUGAUGCGGUUGAUCUGACUAAGGAGACACUCAUGAAGCAAUUCCAAAUUGUGAAAGAAGAGACGAACACUAGUCAUGUGAUGCAGUAUGGAGACAUGGAUUAUGUUAAUAAUGACCUGGACGAGUUCCAAGGUGACGGCAUGGGAAGUGUUUCCGGAAAAUCUCCGGAGGAGUAUCGUGGGGAACAAAUUACCGAUGCCAUUCCUUCACCAGAUGUCGAGCUGAAUAUCCUUCACCAUCGCCUAAAGGAUAGCGCGAGCCUGGCCGAAAGACGAGAAAUCGCUCGUGAAAUCGAAGAGUUGCUUAAGGUAGAAUAUGACUGUUGUUGUUGUUGUUUUGUCUUUUUUUUUAACAUAAUUGUUUUAAAUGUUUCUUUUGACUUGACUUGCCUUGUGAACUCCAAAGUCAUUUAGAGUGUUUUUUUGGAGAUUACGUUAGGGUUUUCACGGGUUAUCAGCAUGUAAGAUAGAAGUAGAACUAUUUUCCUGGAAUUUUGGAAUGACCCUUGACAACAGCCUCACCGUCUACUUUACUCUGCUGUAAGGAAAAAUUCUUCUUACGUAGAGGCCCACAAUCGGGUCGCACUCAAAGAUUUUGAUGGAAAGAGGAAGUUUGAUGUUUCAGUGUGUAAGAGCGUUUAGUUUAGUGUGCAGCAGAACUGCAGUGCUACUCC